UUGCACUGUUUAUAUCUUAUUGCUCUGCUCCAAAAUUACUGCACAAAUAUCAUUUCUUGUCUCUCAAUUUUCUCCGUGAACUUUUGAAUUUUGAGCUUUAAGUGCAGAAAUUAUGGGCAAGGGUCCAGGUCUCUACUCUGAUAUUGGGAAAAGAGCUCGAGAUCUUUUAUACAAGGAUUACAACAGCGACCAGAAGUUUACGCUCACCACCUACUCUCCCACUGGAGUUACUCUCACUUCAACAGGAACAAAAAAAGGUGACCUAUUUCUGGCCGAUGUUAACACUCAAUUGAAGCACAAGAAUGUCACCACUGAUAUUAAAGUGGACACAAGCUCGAACCUCCAUACCACUGUAACAGUUGAUGAGCCUACUCCUGGAUUAAAGACGAUAUUAAGUUUCAGAGUUCCUGAUCAAAGGUCUGGAAAGUUGGAACUUCAAUACUUGCACGAAUAUGCGGGGAUAAGCUCAAGCGUUGGGUUGACUGCUAAUCCCAUAGUGAACUUUUCUGGUGUUGUGGGGAACAAUAAGCUCGCUUUGGGGAGUGAUGUCUCUUUUGACACCAAGGAAGGAGCAUUUAUCAAAUGCAACUUUGGAGCAAGCUUCACAAAUGCUGAUCUUAUAGCUGCUUUGACGCUGAAUGACAAGGGUGAUACCUUGAGUGCCUCAUACUACCAUAUCGUGAGCCCAUUGAGCAACACUGCUGUCGGUGCUGAGGUGACCCAUAGCUUCUCAACUAAUGAGAAUACAGUCAUUGUUGGGACUCAGCAUUCCUUGGACCCAUUGACUUCUGUGAAAGCACGGCUGAACAAUUUCGGCAAGGCAAGUGCUCUGAUCCAGCAUGAGUGGCGUCCGAAGUCACUCAUCACUGUCUCAACUGAGGUGGACACCAAAUCUAUUGACAAGAGUCCCAAAUUUGGAUUUGCCUUGGCCCUCAAGCCAUGAGUGGACUAUUCUGUUUGUAUGACAUGCUUCUGCUGGUUAGGUGGUUGCUUGGACUUCAUUUCCUAGUUCUCUUCUUCUCAUUUACCAGUUGUUGGACUAGUAUCCACAUGGUGUCAGCUUUGAGCCUGAAAUUUUCUGCAAUCAGGGCUUCUCUCGUUUUUGACCUCUCUAUCUUCAUGAUUUUCGGGUUUGGAAGGUUUAUAGACCUCUCGAAAGAAUGUCUGAUAAUAAAACUAUUUUCCAUGUGAAAGAGACGUCCAUGGAAUUAAUUUAGUAUUGCUAGGACAUUUGCACUUUUGCAUUGUAAACUUUUAUUAACAUUUGUUAUAUCUUGGUGUCGUAAUUGUGCUGCUAAUUGUUUCUAA